AUGGGAUUACCGCAGCCCUACAGAGCCGACUGCAGUGUGAGAACCAGACUUUCACCUCCAGACUAUGCAGACCAAGUUACAGCUGCAAACGAAGCCAGGAUGGACCAUGGAGACCGAGGGGCGGGCCUCUCACACCUGCGCUACGAGGAAGAAGAGGACCACCAGUCUAUCUACAUUGGCGUCCCGGUCCCUCGUGGCUACAGGAGGAAGCGCAGGAGAAGGAGGUCCAGUCGGGAAGGCUCUACUGACAUAGAGCGAGACCGACGCCACAGUCACCGACAGCAGUCCGACGAGCGCUAUCGAGGCGUGGACCUGGAGGAGGGGCUCAUGGGCUCCACUGACCACAGCCUUGCAGACCUGAGCCGCACUGUGUCUCCAGCUGCAGAGAGGCUGCGUUACAUUCUGAACGAGGACGAUGACUUCCCCACACCAACGCUCUUCACAGAAAUGGACACUUUACAGCGAGAAGGAGAGGAGCUGGAGUGGAAGGAGUCGGCCAGAUGGGUGAAGUUCGAGGAGAAGGUGGAGGAGGGAGGAGAGCGCUGGAGUAAGCCUCACGUGUCCACGCUGUCGCUGCACAGUCUGUUUGAGCUCAGGACGUGUCUCCAAACUGGAACUGUCUUACUGGACCUGGAUGGAUAUUCAUUACCACAGAUCAUUGAUGACAUCAUUGAGAGACAGAUUGAGGAGGGCUCGAUUACUCCAGACUUAAGAGACCAGAUCAGUUUUGUUUUGCUGCGGAAACAUCGGCACCAAACCAAGAAACCGAUCCACCGCUCUCUGGUGGACAUCGGCAAGUCCGGCUCGUCGACCGCAGGAGGUCGGACUGCAGGACCCAGGGGAGGAGGAGCACCUGGCCCCGCCCCAAGCUUCAACAGAUCCACUGAGGACCUCCGGACGAAGCAGCAGCCAGCCAACUACGGCCGACUGCGUCACGCUCAGAGUCGCAGCAUGAACGACAUCUCAGAUACGCCGAGCACAGACCAGCUCAAAAACAAAUUCAUGAAGAAGAUCCCCAGAGACGCAGAGGCCUCAAACGUAUUGGUGGGAGAGGUGGAUUUCCUCACAAAACCCUUUGUGGCUUUUGUCCGUUUGGCCCAAGCCACCACACUCGGGGGUCUGACCGAGGUUCCGGUGCCUACUCGAUUUCUGUUCAUCCUUUUGGGACCUCAGGGAAAGGCCAAGUCGUACAACGAGAUCGGUCGGGCCAUUGCAACUCUAAUGGUGGAUGAUUUGUUCAGUGACGUCGCGUACAAAGCCAGGGACCGCGAGGACCUGAUCGCUGGGAUAGAUGAGUUUUUGGAUGAGGUGAUCGUUCUUCCUCCUGGAGAGUGGGACCCCAAAAUACGCAUCGAGCCGCCCAAGAAAAUCCCCUCCGCUGAGAAAAGGAAGUCGGGGUUCUCCUUAAAUGAACAGGGUCAAAUGAACGGCUCGGCAGGAGGAGGAGGCCAUGUGUCUGAUGAUGAGGAGAUGCCAGAGCAGCACGAGCUCGGCGAGGAGCUGGCCUUCACUGGACGUUUCUGCGGAGGCCUGUACUUAGACAUAAAGCGCAAACUUCCCUGGUUCCCGAGCGAUUUCUAUGAAGGCUUCCACAUCCAGUCCAUCUCUGCUGUCCUGUUUAUUUACCUGGGCUGCAUCACCAACGCCAUCACGUUCGGAGGUCUUCUGGGAGACGCCACGGACAACUACCAGGGCGUGAUGGAAAGCUUCUUAGGCACUGCUUUGGCUGGUUCAGUCUUCUGUAUGUUUGGAGGACAGCCACUCAUCAUCCUCAGCUCCACUGGGCCCAUCCUCAUCUUUGAAAAACUGCUCUUCGAAUUCAGCAAAAAGAACAGCAUAGACUACAUGGAGCUGCGGCUGUGGAUCGGCAUGCACUCCUGUUUGCAGUGCAUUGUGCUCGUGGCUUUUGACGCCAGCUACAUCAUCAAAUACAUGACACGCUUCACUGAAGAGGGCUUCUCCAGCCUCAUCUCCUUCAUCUUCAUCUCUGACGCCAUUAAGAAAAUGGUGGGCUCCUUCAAAUACUACCCCAUCAACACGGACUUCAAGCCAGACUACGUCACCACCUACAAGUGCGAGUGUGUGGCGCCAGACCCGAUUCCAGUGCCAGAUAACACCUCAUCUCUGUCUGGGUUGAAUUUGACAGGUGUGGACUGGACCCAGCUCAGCAAAAAGGACUGCCUGACCUACGGAGGAUCUUUGGUUGGAAAAUCGUGCAAAUUUGUCCCUGAUUUGGCUCUGAUGUCCUUCAUCCUCUUCUUUGGGACCUACUCCAUGACCGUCACACUGAAGAAGUUUAAGUUCAGUCGUUACUUUCCCACAAAGCUGAGGAAACUGAUCAGUGACUUCUCCAUCUUCAUGUCCAUCAUGACGUUUGUGGGACUCGACAUGUUGAUGGGGCUAAAAACCCCCAAACUCAUCGUCCCGACUGAGUUCAAGCCGACCCGCCCUGGCCGUGGCUGGCUCGUGAUGCCCUUUGGGAAAAACCCUUGGUGGGUGUAUGUGGCCAGCUCGGUCCCCGCACUCCUCGUCACCAUUCUCAUCUUCAUGGACCAGCAGAUCAGCGCCGUCAUUGUGAACCGCAAAGAGAACAAACUCAAAAAAGGCUGUGGGUACCACCUGGACCUGCUGUGGGUGGGGGUGCUGAUGGCGGUCUGCUCCUUCCUGGGUCUGCCGUGGUACGUGGCCGCCACCGUCAUCUCCAUCGCUCACAUCGACUCUCUGAAGAUGGAGAGCGAGUCCAGUGCGCCCGGGGAGCAGCCGCAGUUCCUUGGAGUCAGGGAGCAGCGAGUGACUGGUCUCCUGGUUUUCACCCUCACCGGAGUCUCCAUUUUCUUGGCUCCAGUCCUGAAGUACAUCCCGAUGCCAGUGCUGUACGGAGUGUUCCUGUACAUGGGUGUGGCCUCUCUCAGUGGAAUACAGUUCUGGGACAGGAUUAAGCUGUACCUAAUGCCAUCCAAACACCAGCCAGACUUCACCUACCUGCGCCACGUGCCUCUGCGCCGGGUCCAUCUCUUCACCCUGGUCCAGAUCAUCUGCCUGGCUGUUCUCUGGGUCCUCAAAUCCACCUUCCUGGCCAUUAUUUUCCCUGUGAUGAUCCUGGGGCUCAUGGUGGUCCGGAAGAUGCUCGACAUGGUUUUCUCACAGCACGACUUGGCCUGGAUCGACGACCUGCUGCCGGAAAAGGAGAAGAAGAAAGACGAUGACAAGAAGAAGUCAAAAGAGAAAGACAAAGACAAGGAAAAGAAGAAAUGUAAGACAGACGACAGCGAGGAAGAGGAGAAGUACCGGUCGUAUUCGAACCACUCCCCGAGCUCCGAGUCGGACCUGGACCGCAGCAUCACGCUGCACCUGAAGAUCUCGUGCCCCACGUCCCCCGCCCCCGGCCUGCUGCCCCGUGGCCCGGCCUCCUGCCCCGUGCCACAGGUCAAGAUCGAGAUGGAGUCUGACUACGACUCGGACCUGGACCAUCACCGGCCGCGCGACAUGAGCAGCGAGACCACGCUGUGA